AUGGAGCGGAGUGAAUACAAGCCAAUUAGUUUAAUUGGCAGCACUAUCCUAGCAGGAAGAUUAAAGAAAGUAAUUGGGAAGUUGGUCUCAAAUCAUCAGAAUGCAUUUAUUGAAGAGAGGCAAAUUACAGUUGCUUCCCUCAUAGCUAACCAUGUCCUAGACUGGCAGCAAAAACAGGUGAAUGUUGGUUUGUUAUGCAAGUUAGACAUUGAGAAUGCAUUUGACCGGAUGAAUUGCUCCUACCUUAUUUCUAUCCUCAUGCAAAGAGGAUUUGGUGAAAGGUGGAUCAAGUGGAUAACAUUCAACAUAUCUACAGUUAAGUACCCAAUCCUCGUCAACAGAAGCCCAGACGGAUUCUUCUCCCCUCAGAGAGGAUUAAGGCAAGGUGAACCUCUCUCUCAUUUCAUGUUCCAAUGA